AGAGUGACAGCGGUUUGGAAAAGUUCCCGUCCUUCCGAGGCAAAAAAACACAACUUUCGCGGCUUUAGAGACGACCUACUGGAGUUUGUGUGACCGACUAGUCUUCAAGUCUGUUCAGAAGAUGCACAAGAUCUACCAGGAUGUCGACAACAAGCAGUGCCCAGAGUUUGGGUGACGUCAGGAGAAAGUCGAAAAAGGAUUCUUCUGUGCGAUCUGUCAGAGAGGAGAAACCCUACAGGUGUGAGGAGUGCAACAUGCAGUUCAGACAACUUAAGGAAUACAUGCGGACUCAUACAGGUGAGAAACCUUAUAGGUGUGAGGAGUGCAGAAAGCAGUUCAGUCAGCUGAGUAAUCUGAAGACUCAGGUGCGUACUCACACAGCUGAGAAACCUUACAGAUGUGAGGAGUGCGGCAAGCAGUUUAGUCGGCUGGGUCAUCUUGAGGAACACAUUCGUACUCACACAGGUGAGAAACCCUACAAGUGUGAGGAGUGCAGUAAGCCGUUCAGUAAGCUGUGUAAUCUGAAGACUCACAUGCGCACUCACACAGGUGAAAAGCCGUACAAGUGUGAGGAGUGCAGCAGACAGUUCAGACAGCUGGGUGAUCUAAAGAAUCACUUGCUGACUCACACAGGUGAGAAACCUUACAGAUGUGAGGAGUGCAGCAGACAGUUCAGUCGGCUGGGUGAUCUGAAAACUCACAUGAGGACUCACACAGGGGAGAAACCCUACAGAUGUGAGGAGUGCAGCAGGCAGUUCAAUCAGCUAGGUCAUCUGAAAACUCACAUGAGGACUCACACGGGAGAAACCCUAUGCGUGUGUGGAGUGCAGCAGGCAGUUCAAAGUUGCACAAGAUCUAGGAGGAUGUCAACAACAAGCAGAGCCCAGAGUUUGGGUGACGUCAGGAGAAAGGUGAAAAAGGAUUCUUCUGUGCGAUCUGUCAGAAAGGAGAAACCCUACAGGUGUGAGGAGUGCAGCAAGCAGUUCAGUCAUCUGGGCGAUUUCAAGAAACACAUGCGGACUCACACAGGUGAGAAACCCUACAAAUGUGAGGAGUGCAGCAGGCAGUUCAGUCAACUGGGCAGUUUGAAAAAACACAUGCGGACUCACACAGGUGAGAAACCCUACAAAUGUGAGGAAUGCAGCAGGCAAUUCAAUCAGCUGGGUCAUCUGAAGAAACACACGCGGACUCACACAGGGGAGAAGCCUUACAAGUGUGAGGAGUGCAGCAAGCAGUUCAGUGAGCUGGGUGCUCUAAAAACUCACAUGCGGAUUCACACAGGGGAGAAACCCUACAGGUGUGAGAAGUGUAGCAGACAGUUCAGUUUAUUUCAUCAGCUCAAAAGUCACAUGCGGACUCACACGGGAGAGAAACCCUACAUGUGUGAGAAGUGUAGCAGAAAGUUCAGUCAUGUGUGUGCUAUGAACAAACACAUGCGGACUCACACAGGUGAAAAACCCUACAUGUGUGAGAAAUGCAGUAGGCAGUUCAGUCAGCUAGGUGCUCUGAAAAGUCACAUGAGGACUCACACAGGGGAGAAACCCUACAAGUGUGAGGAGUGCAGCAGGCAGUUCAGUCAGCUUGGCCAUCUGAAGACUCACGUGCGGGCUCACACAGGUGAGAAACCCUAUCAGUGUGGUGAGUGCAGCAGGCAGUUCAGUGAGCUGAGUAAUCUGGAGAGACACAUGCGGACUCACACAGGUGAAAAACCCUACAGGUGUGAGGAAUGCAGCAGGCAGUUCAGUCACAUGGAAAAUUUGAAGACUCACAUGAGGACUCACACAGGAGAGAAACCCUAUAAGUGUGAGGAGUGCAGCAGGCAAUUCAGUAAGCAGGGCCACCUUAAGAUUCACAAGAGGACUCACACAGGUGAGAAACCCUACAGGUGUGAGGAGUGUAGCAGGCAGUUCAGUGAGCUUGGUCAUCUGAACAAACACAUGCGGACUCACACAGGUGAGAAACCCUACAGUUGUGAGAAGUGUAGUAGGCAGUUCAGUCACCUGAGUAAUCUGAAGAAACACAUGCGGACUCACACAGGGGAGAAACCCUACAGAUGUGAGGAGUGUAGCAGGCAGUUCAGUCGACUGGAUAACCUAAAGACUCACAUGCGGACUCACACAGGGGAGAAACCCUACAAAAAUGUGAGAAUUGCAGCGGGAAGUUUAGUCAGCUCGGGAAUCUGAAGAAACGCAAGCUUACUCAUACAGGUGACAAACAGGUGUGAGGCGUACUGGUGAAGCCAGCAGAUGGGAAAGUGAUCAGAUCUGACAGUUAAGUCAGCGGUUAAACCUGAAAAGUUACAUGCACCAACACGUGUCAGUAAAGCGAGUUCAGCGUGUUUUUGAGGCGCCAGCCUUUUCUGUUAUGGUUUGAUCUCAUGUAAAUAUUGAAGUUCAGAUAUCAGUGGUGUUCUAUCUAGAAUUUAGUUUUUGUUGGGCUUUAAUAAUGUUCAAUUCCUAUUUUGUACCUUCUUUGGUGAAAUAUUGUAGAUUUUGUUUUGAAGCAAAAUAGAAUGAUUGUUUUGAAGCAAAAUAGAAGUUAACUACAACUAGAACGUUUUUAUUAAUCUUAAUUGACAUACUUACAUAGAGUUAGCUAGGUAUGUCCACAAGGAAAAUAGUAGUAUUUUGUUUCUAAUAUGUUUUCUUGGAAGCGCAUUGUGUUUUGAUUCCUUUCUUUUGAUUUUUAGAAUGAUAAAUUUAUGUUUCUUAAUUUUGAUUGUUUUCUACUAAACUUAUAACUGUAACUUAACUUUUCUUUUGUACCUUGUUGACAUAUGUACCGUAGCAAGUUAAUGUCUAAAAGGGAAAAAGAACCUCCUUUAUGAGUGAACUUACAACCUGAAAUGAUGAUAAAUCCAUUGUUAUUGUAUUCCCAUUCUACUAGGAAAGCUAUGUUUUUAACGUUAAUUUUAGACUCACAGUUUCAGUUUAGGUAAGAGAACUAGCAGAAGUGUUAAAAUUUGUGAGAUGAGAUCAGUUUACUGAUUAGUAACUAUCUUUGUUGUUGAUUUUGAUAUUUACAUUUUUUGUUAACAGCUGAUUUGAAAUAAACAGUUCGAAAAUAAA